GAGGGGAGGGCCUGAGGGGUAUUUCCAGUUGGUAAAAUCCUGCAGCUUUCAUUUCCUCCACCAUUCUGAGGAACAGAACAGAGUAUUUUUUUAAAACCUUUUUAGAGCCAGUGCUGAGACAAGAAAGAAUAUUCCACUUGCAGCCAGCAAGCACAGCAGCAGGUCAGCUCCAGAGGAAAUCACCAGCACCAUGGAGAAUGACAGAAGCAACCUUCUUGCCAGUCAACAGACACUCACGGAGACAGCUGUAUAUGCUGGAACUGUACAAAACCAGCAGCAACGGAGUUCUUCCAGCCGUAGAGCUGCCUACUCUGUCUUUACCGCACUGGCUGUCUUGCUGUUCGCAGGCCAGGCAGUUACUGUCUAUUUUGUGUAUCAACAUGAGCACAAGAUUUCCAGGCUGACCACCACUACCCAGAACCUGCAGCUGGAAUCACUGGCCAAGAAUCUUCCUCACAAAUCCAAGUCACCUGGCCAGAUGAAUAUGCCAUUGGCCAAUAUGAUGCCGCUGCCCAUGAGGGAUCUAUCCAGUACUACAGAGGCUUCAGAGAAUGAAACCCAGCUGAGCAAUAAGACUGAAGACAUGGUUAAACGCUUGCUCCUGAUGGGAAACCCCACCAGAAAGUUUCCUAAACUGGAGAAAGCCUUCAUGGACAAUAUGAUUCAGCUGAGGAAAACCAUGGAUUACAGUGACUGGAAUUCCUUUGAAGUCUGGAUGCACAAGUGGCUGCUCUUCCAAAUGGCCCAAACUAAACACCCAGAAGAAGUUGCAGCAGUAAAAGUGCAAACCAAGUGCCAGGCGGAAGCAAGUUUUAAAGGCAUCUAUCCAGGAAGGUUCCGCCCCCAGUGUGAUGAAAAUGGCGAUUACCUGUCUAAGCAGUGCAAUUACAGCACUGGGUAUUGCUGGUGUGUCUACAAAAAUGGUACUGAAAUCGAGGGUACCAAAACACGCAAACCGCUGGAGUGCACUGGAAUGUGGCAAAUUUUGGAUCCUGAGAAUGUGACAUACUCAGGGCAGGAUCUUCUGCAUCUGAACUAAAAAGUGCCAAGUAAAGGAGGAAGGCAAGGCCAGCCACAUCAGUUCACAAAGUUCAGCUUUUCUCCAGUGUGCUGUUUUUUUAUUUGCUUGUUUUUGCCAUGCUUCUGCAUUAUUAUUAUUUUUUUUGGGGGGGGGGAUGAGGAACCACUUACAAAUUUACAUUUAGGCAUUUUCCUUAAUUGAGUGGGGGCAAGUUGACUAAGUAUCAUUGGUUGUCAAGUUCAGUCCUGAAUGAUCUUUUUGCAGAAAUUAACCCUGCACAAGGACAGCAAAAGGCUUUAAAAUGAAGGGUUGUUAUUUUAAUAUUCAGCCCACACAGAAAGUGAGAGAGGAUUUUUGUUUUGCUAAAUAAAUCCCAUACCGAUUUUUGCAGCUAAUCAGCCUACAAAAAGCAUAGUAGUUACUGCAAGUAUUUGGAAAAUAAUGGGGCUAGCACAGUAGACCAGAUUCUGAAAUGCAAGCUCUGUGCCUUUGGCCCACAACAUACGGAAUGCAGGGAUCAACGUCAAAGACAUCCUUGAAAGUUUUAUUACUCUGUCCUCCACUAGAUGUCUGGCUUUAACUACUGAACACUGAAUUCAUUGCAUGAAUGGAGUUGAGAUGCCCUCUAGAGGGGAGGCGGUAUUGCUGUAUGUAAAGGUUCAAUACAAUAUUAAAGGAAAAAUUAUGUGAAUCUUGGAGAUAACACCCUGUAUCUUUUGCCUAGCAUAUCAGAUUGGACAUCCUUUAACAGUGUCUUUUUAGCCUAUAAGCUGUUUUAGAGAAGUAUCUAGAAAAUGAAUAGUGGAAUUAUAAGUAAGAAUAUAGCUAAUACUUAUGCUAAAGAACAGGCUUCUCUCUCAUCCAGAGCAGGCAUGAUUCGGUGUUUUUCUUUAAUCAUAUAAGAAAGCAAAGUAGUGUUUUAUCUCUCAGCAACAGAUAAGAUU